GCGCGACACGCACUAAGAUCGUCCGAACAAGUUCGACGAAACCCCAAAUCGUAACUAACUUUACAACGCGAGUGACAAUGCAAGUGCUAGCGCCAAUUUUACUAGCGUGGCUCAUCACCGGUGUCCGGGCGGUGAUCCGGACGCCCCUAGAAGCGUUCAGGCCGUCCGGAGAGAUCCACGUCCGAAGGCCGGACAAGCUGCCGCUGUUGCCUCACCGGAGGACCACGUUGCCGCCAAAAGGCGGACUCAAGAUCUUGUAUCAGACUGGGGUGUCCGAGGAGGAUCUCCCUGAUUGCAGGGCGAGACAGGUCUGCAGUAAGGUGGACUUGUACGACGCGAGGCAGCCCUGGAUCGAGAGGAAAUGCCGCUGUUUGGGGCAUAGACCUUGUUCUAGCGAGCUCACCGCCGACGACAAUCACACAUUAGCAGACAAGACAACAUUAUACAAAACGUGCGAGCCCGUGAAACGUCUGCCCAAAUGCCGCUACUUCAAGGAGGCUGCGUGGACCAUCUUCUCUUUCCCUGAUAGCAACGCCACCCAGCAGAUCGUCAACUGUCACUGCCCCAGAAACUCCGUGACGUAUUUGCUGAAGAAGCUUCCGUACACGACACCUACCGGCGAGCAAGGGAACCAGUACCAGUUCGCGUGUUCGCCGCAAAGCAGAUUACGCUGCUCCCGCAAAGAACCGUGCAAGCUCUUCAGCGCUAGGAGGCGCCACGAGCAAAUAGACGAGGUGAAUGCCAACACCAUCUGCCAAUGCCCCAGGGACCACAUAUGCCCCAAGCACCACACCGAGGUCGGGGUCUUAGCUGGGGUCACGUACGCCGCCGAGGACAUCCGCACGUACCACGGUUACUGCAUGCCAGAACCGCCCCCAGACGUAUACAGAUUCGUUGGCGAUAAGGACUGAGUUCGCUUAGUUUCAUCAGGACAUUUCAAUCAGUGAGAACAAACUUUAGACGAGAUGCAUUUUUUUAAAUUUAAAUUAUGAAGUUGCCGGUGAUUUUUGAAUGUGAAAAUACGUAGUAGUUAGACCUUGUCUGCGCUACUCAAAGGCUUUGAUAGCAAUAUCGAUUUAUUUUGCUCAUUACCUGUUUAGUACAAAAACAAAUCAGCACGUUAAAGAUUGUUAGGUAUGUAAAAUUAAUUUGUUAACAUGAGUUCCGAGCGAUCAAAGAUUGAACUAAUUUAGUUAGAGCUCUAUUGGAACGACACUCAUGUUUGAAUAUAAACUCAAGACUACAUUCUUCACGAUUGUUCUAAAUAAAAAAUAAAAAAUAAAUAGGUACAUACUGAAAUUCAACAAAUCAUAGGCUUUAUCUCUAUUCAAGUGUGAGUGUCGUUUCGUAGUACAAUCCUAUGUAUAUUUAAAAGGCUAGAGACAGAUCAGUUUGAGUUUACCGUGACAGCAAUGCUUAAGUGACAGUUCCUGAAGUGCUGAUUAUUGAGUGGUGUCAUAGUAAACACAGAUUCCUUACAAUUACCAACAAUUGUCUCUAGCUUUACAAAAUCCACGCUGUAAAUACCCUAAAAAUAACGGUAUUGCGUUAUUUCUGUUGCACUGUAAAUAUUAUUAGUUAAGCGAUCAUUCCAAACGUUUUAGAUUAAAUUAUUUUUUCAUAUUUUAAUUAUUUACUUGCCAUAAUUACGUAGUUUGUUGCGUUUGUUCCGAGUCUUCCAAUGCAGUCACGGAGACAUUUUUUGUUCAUUGUUUUGUUUAUGUUAACAAUUUGUAUAAUAAUAUUUGUUAAACUUAGACGUGGUAAGAUGUAAACGCAAUGUAAACGAUUGUUAGGAUAGUUUUUUAAAUAUUUGACAUCGUUCUUCCUCUUUUAUUGGAUGUCAUAGGUUAUUAAGAUAUUAAAUAAAUGUUAUUUUAUUAAAACUGGACGGAGAAUUAAUAUUUUAAUAAUUAACAUUAUGUACAAACGUUUUCAAUGGCUAUUUAAUUAAAAUGAUAGGUAAUUGUAGUUUUUCACCUCAUAGGCUUACCUGCAAGGAUUAUUGAAUUUAUUGAUAGUCACUGUAUUGAAUUAUAGCAGAAAUGGCCUACCUCAAUAUAUCAAAACUUUUUCACAAUUAGUAUUGACUUGACAAGCUUAAUUUUAUUACUUGACUGUCUUAGGUCUCAUAUGAGAAAAAUAUUUCAUAAUAAUAGUCAUACAUCAAAUGUUGUUAUAUUGAGAUACGCCACAUUGUAGUGGUCUGUAGUAAUUCUAAAAUAUUGGAUUACAAAAGGUUUUAUAAACGAAGGGAGUUUUUAUGAUAAUGACAGUGUAACUAUGUAAAUAGAUAAGAAAGCAUGUUGAUUUUUAUUAUAAUACCCAUUAUGGGGUAUGUCUUCCUUAUUUGUUUUAUGUAAAGCUAUUUUAAGUUAAAUUAUUAAAAAGAA